UUCCAAUACAAAAUGGAGUCUAUUUUUGUGCGUAAUUGUUUAUUUAGGGAUUUUUAAAGCCGUUUUUCAUGCAAAAUGGUUAUUCGGAUUAUGUGUGAAUAAUUUUUCUGAAAUCAUGGAUGCUUUAAGCUUUCCAGAAAUACCCGAAAAGGAUGUGUCUGAGGAUUGGUAUUACAGCAAAAGACGUGAAAUGCAGGAAGUGUUGCCUGGAAUAUUUCUCGGACCAUAUUCUGUAGCCGUAAAAUCCAAGUUGAACUUUCUCUUGGAAAAAGGUAUAACACACAUUGUGUGUAUCAGAGAAGACCUGGAGGCUAACUUUGUAAAGACAAACUUUCCUAACAACUUUAAAUAUCUUGUGAUUAAUAUUGCUGACAAAAUGACCGAAAAUAUCAUUGGACACUUUCCUUUGGUCAAAGAAUUUCUCAAUGAAUGCCAACAAACAAAUGGGAAGGUCUUAAUUCAUGGAAACACUGGGAUUUCCAGAAGUGCUGCGUUAGUGAUAGCUUACGUUAUGGAGACAUACGGAUUGACGUACAGGGAGGCGUUUCUCCAUGUUCAAAAUAAGAGAUUUUGUAUCAAUCCUAAUGAGGGAUUCGUUCAACAGUUGAUGGAAUAUGAACCCAUCUACUUAGCAAAUUAUCAAAUGAAACAGUUCAAUAGCAAGGAACCCUUAGGACACAGAGCAAGCGUAAAAAGAUCCUUCGAGCCAGAUAUUGAAGACAUGCAAUGUUGCUGAUAUUUCUCACAGUCGCGCGCGGGAAAAUCCUAUCGAUUAACAGUUGUAGAUAAUUGUCAGUAGGCUAUUAUUUUAUGCUACGAUUUGAGUUGAUAUUUUAACACUGCUUAAGCCAAGCGGUCUCGAUUAUUCUUCGCAAUCUUUGUAAUAAAAUUGUUGUAUUUAUGUAAAUUGUAAGAUAGGUAAUGGAAUAAAUGCACAAAAGACAAUAAUUUGAAGU